AUGUCAGACCAACGGGUCUUCACGCUGCCUCGGUUCGAAAAGAGACCGUGGGCGCCUGAUCCACCGGCACCGCUCCCGCAGAGAGCUGACGCCUACUUGCACACGCCGGUGGCCAAUCAGAACGGCUCGUUUCCUCAGACCCCCUAUGUCCAGGGGCCCCAUACGCCUGGCUUCCAUUCUCCUGGGUCCUUCCACACGCCUGCUUUCUCGAACGUCCAGCUGACGCCGGCUCUGGCGGGCGCUUUUGCCCCGAACGGGCUUGAUCUGCUUGAAGGACGGGAAAUCCACUACUCCCCGGGUGAAUUCGACAUGUCUGGCGGAUUGAACAUUGCUUUCGACUCCUUCAACGAGCAAGGCUCCGUAGACACCAUCCCCGAGGAGGAAAUGCCCCGGAUGCCGUACUUCCAGGGCCAGUACCCGGACUACAGGCUGCCCAAUGGCCAGAACCAGGCAAGCGUCAAAACGGACCAAUCCGCCGAGUACGCUCCUCCCAAUUACGUAAAACAGGAGAACUGCCUGCCUUCAUUUUCCCCCAUCAGCCACCAGGGCUUCCCUCUGCAUCACACGUCGCCUUUCACCCAGAAGGAGCUGCAGUCCAGCAACGAGCCUAUCACCAUCGAGGACCUUCUCAAGGACGAGCCUUUUGCUGAUCUCGAGAAGCCCUCUCUCUCUUGCAUAGACGACGGCGACGACGACCUGCUAUCGCUGUUUUUCGAUUUUGACGACGACACGCCGACAAAGAAAACGCCGCCAUCAACGAAGCACAGAUCGUCAAAGUCAGCAACCACCCCUACCAAGCCGCCCCGUCACAAGAUCCCGACUUUCAGCGCCGUGGCCUCCGACAAUAGCAACUCCAAGCAUGUCCGCAAGUGCAAGUCCUUCUCAACCUCACUGAAGUUCUCCUCGAACAACACGGCUGGUCCGGCGUUUUCGCUCGAGGAGUGUUUCAACGAGUUUCAUGUCACCGAGGGCAACUACUCGUUCCAGGACGAAACAGCUCGUCUCAGCAUGCAAUUGGGGCCCGGCUUGGCUCCUAAAAAGAACAAUCGCACGGAACAGACUCGCCCCGUGCUCAAGAAAUCAAAAACAACUUCAAACUUGUGUCUGCCUCGCCUGGUGUGCCGUAACCCCAAGGUGUUGAACAACAUGGAGCUGGGGCUCGUGCUGUUCCAGGUGAAGUUGAAGAAUUCGAAGUGA